AUGAUUCAAGUUGUUAUUUUUAAAGAUUAUCCCACACCAUUAUUAACCCUAAUUAGCAGCAUUCAAGAGAGAGAUAUUGAGGAUGAAAUCAUUGUUGAACACGAUGAAAGUUCGGAUGUUGUGCCAGCCGCAGCUGCCUCCUCCUCGUAUCAGCCAGUCAUGGGGCUCAAAAUGAAGGUCCAAUUAAUCAGAGGGGAAAAGGAAUUAAUGGACGCAUUGCUUCUGGAUGCAAAUGGAAUGGGAGAACUAGAUGGAAGAUCUAGAAUCUGGGUGGAGCAACUAAGAGGUAUUUCCCUUGAAGCUCAAUUUGUCCUUAACAAAUAUGAUGCCAAAUUGAAUCAUAAGCCAAUUCUCAUCUACAUUUGUAAGUACUGGACUCGACAUGUCGUUAGUAAGAAGAUAGAUGGUAUCAGAAACAAAAUUGAAGAUGCUUCUAGGAGAAGAAAAGCAUAUGGUUUAGUGCAAAUUCAAAGCCGAGUCGUAUCUAAGAUUCAAAAAUUACGUGCACGGAUGCAACCGUAUCUCGCUGCCAAGAAAUCCAGUGUGGUUGGAUUUGAUGAUGACACACAAGUUCUGAUGACGGAGUUACUGUCGUACGAGAAAUGCCGCUGCAUUACUUGGAUUGUUGGAGUCGGAGGCACAGGUAAGACAACACUAGCCAAUUUGAUGUUUGAAGACAACAUUGUUGUAGCUCAUUUUCAGCGUCGCGUAUGGGUGUCACUGCCUUCAAAUUGUACGACAAACCAGUUUGUUGCAAAAAUUGGCAAGGAGACCGCCAAGAAAAUUACAGUAGAAGAAGAAAACAUGCCCACUGAUUACGUACUCACAACCUUGGCACACUCAAAGUACCUUAUAGUUGUUGAUGGCCUUAAAGAAACAUCCAAAGUAUACUUGGAUACCUUGAACAGGGUCAUACCUGAUAUGUUAACAGGAAGCAGAGUUCUUUUUACUACUCGCAAUGCAACAGUAGCCAAACAUGCAGCAGAACUUAUCAAGGUUGGAAAAGAAAUUGUGAUGAAAUGUGGGGGACUACCAUCACAAAUACUGAAAAUAAGUGAUUUUCUUUCACAUAAAGAUGUUACACAUGAGGAAUGGUUAAGCGUGCUAGGAGGGCAGCAGCUCAAUGAAAAUCAAAUACAAUGUUGGUCUGAAACGCUAGACACAAUUAAUACAAACUUACCUUAUUAUCUGAGAAGAUGUCUAUUUUACUUUGUGCUAUUCCCUGCUGAAUUUGGGAUCCCUGUUAGAAGGUUGGUUGUUUUGUGGGUUGCCGAGAGUCUAAUUCAUCAAGCAGAAGAUGACGAAGUGCCCCCGGAGCUCGUUGCAGAAAGGUACUUGACAGAGUUGAUAGAUCGGAGCAUGGUCCAAGUAGCCAAGAGAAAGCGCAAUGGAAAGGUGAAAACAUGUCGUCUCCCUAGUGCUUUGCGUGCAGACCCAAAAAGGUUCAUUAUUCGUCGGGUUGCAGAUCAUCUUGAUAAAAAUGAUAUCUGGAACGAUCAUAUUCAUGGUGACAAUGCUGAUUCAACUUCCUUUCAAAGCUAUUACAAGGACGUUCUCUCCUUUCAUUCCUUUGAUAGUCAAGAGGGGAUUAAACCUGGAAAACAAGUAGGUAACUUUCUCAAGGGAUGUAUUUCAAGUGAUUGCUUUUUACUCCUUUUGGUGCUUGAUCUUGAACGCGUUUACAAGCCCAACUUGCCUAAGCGCAUAUCAAGACUUACCCGGCUAAGCUAUAUGCACGUUCUUGACAUAGUCUUCUAUGAUGAAUAUGAAGGAUUUACAGAAACAUAUAAGCUAGAAUCCCUGCAUUCUUUACCGGUGCAUGUAGAAAAUACCUCAGGACAAAGACAUGAUAUUAAUAUUGGCUGUGAGGAGUUGCUUGCUUCAACAAUUUUCUAUCUCCAACUGCUUCCUGGUAUAAAUCAGGAACUUCUACCAUCAGUUGUAUCUGCUCUAUGUCUCCUAACUUUUGGUGCCUCUAAUUUACAAGUGGGAAGAACCAUUUUAUUGCAAGACUACAAUACUAUCAUAUCAUCAAACUCUUUAAGGGUACAAUGCCCUCUUGAAGCUAAUCCAGAUUGGAGAUGGUCGUUUUACCAGCCAAGGAAGGAUCAAUCACUGGAGUUCACUGGCACUGGUACAGAAAACAUGGCAGAAUAUCAUGCUUGCCAAACUCUGUUGGUAGUUGUUGCAAAUGUGCUUGGUGGAAAGAAAUUAGAGUCAGCUUGUUUGUCCCCUCUAGAUGUUGAGAUAUCUUCCUUAAUCAAAUGGGAAAGAAGUUUAUUGAGAAACUGA